CUUUCCCUGUCGAGUUGAGGUUAUGGCACAAUUUACUGCACCAGACAGAAACCUAAGUAAGGGCACUACUACUACUACUACUCAUAAUAAUAAUAUUCCUAAUAAUAAUAUUAAUAGUGGAGCAGACAGAACUAAACACAGCAAGAGAGCGUGUGUUGCGUUUAUGGGACAUAAAAAAAUCAGGAAACAACAUUUUAACUGUGCAAGGACCAACAGGUGAGCGAUUUCUCCUAAUUUAGCGCAAUACCUUGCUUGAAAAGUAUUAUUAUAAUCGUAGUAUUUGUAUAAUUAUGUAUUGUCUGCCCUGGAUUUGAAGAAACACGCAUAAUACGUGAUGUAUUCCUGUUGAUAUUCAUACAAAUAAUCCAAACAUUGCAGUGUUUUUAAAUGAACACAAGAAACGCGCAUGUAUGAUUGAUUGUGUACUAACAAUAUUAGUGCAGCUUUUACGUAAGCAAUUUCCAUCUGCCUGUUGACUGUAAGUGAGCGCAGUCACGGUAAUAAUGAGCGAUUAAUAAGUAAUAAUAAGUUAUGGAAGACGGAAAUGACCACAAUUGUAAAGAGCCUUUUUGGUAAAUAAAGUUCGUUUAACUUCGUCUUCCGGCAACACUUUACGUCCGUUUAAUUUGUUUGUUUUUGAAUGCAUUGUGAUGCACUGUUGUCUCCUUGGACGUGGUUUCAGUAAUUGUUACAAUUGAAAUAAAAAAAAAAGACUUUAAAGGUGUUGGGUGAAGACUGAUGAUCAGCAGCGUGUGCGUGUGCGUGUGUGUGCGUGUGUGUGUUGCCACGUCUCGCAGACACAGCAGUGUCAUCAUUAGCCAAGGAAAAACAAAGAUGAUGCUCGGGGAAUUGGGAACAGGUCCUGCAUAUUUUGCCCCCAAUUACUUUCACUAGCAAGCAUAUCUUUCAAAAUUACAAUGAAAAAUCCUAAUUGGAUUAGAGUUUUGGUCCAUGUGGUGCUGAGACAAGGCCACCACGGACGUGGCCUGUUUGCAGCCAGUGGAUGUUAUAAUUCUAAUGGAACCAAUGCAGUCAAAGUCAAUAGGCUUUCUAAUUUAACUGCCCUUGAUGCUCUGUUGCAUAUUAUGCAAGGUUACUGUUGCCCGCAAGAGGAACCGAUACACCCUCUCUAAAAUAGCUGCGAGGAUCAUUUACACCAUUUGUUGUUAUACCAACGUUGCCUCUGGUAAAGCCAUAAAAGUCACACUACAGCUGAAUUUUGGAAGGCAUUGAGGACGUGCGUGGUUUUGCGUUUUGCGGCUGCCAGCCGGAUUAAGAUGUAAUUUGACUCAGCUCCUGGGGGAUGUGACCUGGCAAAUUAAUACUCACAUAAAGCAAGAUAAACAAGGAUUGGAUGAUAUUUGCAAUCUGGGGGUGCCAGGGUGGUAAUAGUAUAGUUUAUUUCAAACAUGUGUAAUGGUGUUUACACUUGCACAAUUCAACAUGUCUGAAAAGGAGCAGGAAGAAGCAAAGUUGAUUAAAUCUUACCCCUUCUCCGUGUCUAUUGGUGUUUGUACCAUGUCAUUUUCUAAGUGGGAGGGAAAACGGAUUAAAAUGUGUGAUAGCAAACUACAAUACAAACAAAGUGUUUGUAGCUUGCUCUAGCUGCUGGUUAAUGUAGGAAGCCUCGACGAUGCAUUAUUUAGGCAGCAGUCAACUCCGCAGAUGAGGUUCCUCGCAAAGGAGUGACCCGCCCUCGCCAAAGGCCCUCCGCUCUGGAUCCGGUCCUGUCGUUUCUUCUCGACGUGUCCCCGGGAUCAAUCAAAACUGUUUCUCCAACGCUUCUACCAGAAACUUAGACUGUUUUCCAAAGCAGACGCGGCCCAGCCCCCCCGGGCGGAAGCAAUGGGGAGCGUGCGGAGCCACCGCUACAGCAUCGUGUCCUCCGAGGAGGACGCCGUGAAGCUGGCCAACAUGGUCGUCCCCAACGGCUACGGCAACGGCGACGUCAAUAACAAGGCCGAGCACCGCCGCCAGAGCCGCUUCGUGCGCAAGGACGGCCACUGCAACGUCCAAUUUGUCAACAUGAGCGAGAAGGGCCAGCGCUACCUGGCAGAUAUCUUCACCACCUGCGUGGACAUCCGCUGGCGAUGGAUGCUGCUUAUCUUCUGCCUUUCCUUUCUGCUCUCGUGGUUGUUCUUCGGCUUGGUCUUCUGGCUGGUGGCGCUCUGCUACGGUGACCUAGAGAGCGACACGCAGAUGUGCGUCUCCAACGUGGACAGCUUCACUGCCGCCUUCUUAUUCUCAGUGGAGACGCAAACCACCAUCGGGUACGGAUACCGCUACGUGACAGAGGAGUGCCCCGUUGCCGUCUUCAUGGUGGUCUUCCAAAGCAUUGUGGGGUGCAUCAUCGACGCUUUCAUCAUCGGCGCGGUCAUGGCAAAGAUGGCCAAGCCCAAAAAGAGGAAUGAGACGCUGGUGUUUAGUCACUUUGCUACCGUGGCCAUGAGGGACAGCAAACUGUGCCUCAUGUGGCGUGUUGGGAACCUGAGGAAGAGCCACCUGGUGGAGGCCCAUGUCAGGGCGCAACUCCUCAAGUCUCGCACGACCGCGGAGGGCGAGUUCAUCCCACUGGACCAGGUUGACAUUGACGUGGGCUUCGACAGCGGCAUCGACAGAAUCUUCCUGGUGUCUCCCAUCACCAUUGUGCACGAGAUCGACGAGGACAGCCCCUUCUAUGAGAUGAACAAGCAGGAGCUGGAGACGUCCGAGUUUGAGAUUGUGGUGAUCCUGGAGGGCAUGGUGGAGGCCACGGCCAUGACCACGCAGUGUCGCAGCUCCUACGUGGCUAGCGAGAUCCUGUGGGGUCACCGCUUUGAACCGGUGCUCUUCGAGGAGAAGAACUACUACAAAGUGGACUACUCGCGCUUCGACAACACCUACGAGGUGUCCAGCACGCCGCACUGCAGCGCCAGGGAGCUUGCGGAGAAGAGGUCCAACGCCUCCAGCCUCAGAAACUCAUUUUGUUACGAGAACGAGGUGGCGCUGGAGAAAAUUGAGCUGGAGGAGGAACUGGAGGAGGGGGAGAGCGGAGCGACAAGGAGCAUCCAGGAGGGUCCGCUGGGAGACAAAAACACGGACGAGGGCUCAGACUCGGACCACAAUCUGGAUUCUUUGCCUUUGGAAUCAAGACCUUUGACUGCUGAAUCAGAAAUAUGACCACAGCCAUGGAAUGAUGUCUUUGAUAUGGAAACACAAACACUUACUGGCUGAUUCAGCAAUAAUCUCCUAGCAGAAGUUAACUGUACAACACAAAUGUCAAGUCUAUUUAUAUUCUAGUGCAAUAGUCCAAAUACCCUUCUUGAUAUGCAAUUUCAUUCCCACCUCUAGUGGCCUACAUGUCACACACGUUUGUGACUAAAAGUAAUAUGCAGUCGUGAAUACUGUAUAUACAGUACUACGUUAAGUACACGAUAUAUUUAAUACAACAGCUGUGUCAACAAUUAGGUCUUUAUGCUCCUUUUGACUGACAUUGUCAAAGUAUUGAUUUAAGUAUAUGUUUAUGAUUGAUUGUGCUUGUAGUUUGCAAUAUAAUGCAGUGCACUUCUACGCCACUGCAAACUACGAUAACACUCAUGAAAUGAUCCAGUAUGUCAAUCAAAUCUUAACAUUUUUAUUAGAUUUUUAUUGUAUUCAUUGACUUGUUUUCUUAUUUAUUUUACAAAGGCUCACAUUUUUGAUACAGCCCUUCUAUUGAACCCCGUUGCCCCAUUUGCACCGGAGCUGGUCUCUUCGCAAACUAGAUUUCAUAAUAGGAAAUGCAUCGGUCGGAAGAUCCCGGCAUCAUCUAAUGUGCAAUAACAGAAUGGCUGCUAAUGCUUUCAACUCUGUAGGAGCCAAAAAUGUAUUAUUUGUCUUCUUGACAGUAUGCAAUGGCGUACCGUGGCGUUAUUCCUUAUAGAUGAGCAUGAGAGCGUCUGUGUGUGUUUUCCCGACUGUUACCACUGUCCCAAUAGCAAAAAGCCUAACAUGUACAUAUAUGUGGAAGAGGCAACGUCAAUAUCCCCUUCUAACAUCGAUGGGUGGGUGCGAUGCUGGACUGUUCUUAUGGAGGCCAGUGUUGGAUUAACCCCUUCAUGUCACCACUGUAAUCAUGAAUGGCCCUUUUGCUAUGUCUUAAAGGUCCCCUGUUAUGCAAAUUGACGUUUUGACGAUGUUCUAACAGUAAUAUGCGCUCCUCGAGCCCUUUUUUAAUGUGCAACGUGAGAAAAAUGUAUCAAUUCCCUUACUUGUUUGCUCCACUUUCAAAAGGAGAGAUGCUCAAACGGUUGCAGGCAGGCGUCACACAGCAAAUUGAGGAGUGUUAAUUUUUUGGUGUUGAUGAGAAUCUUGAAGUUGGAGUGUCAAUCUUACACUAUUUGGAGUUGAUCUAACACUGCAUUUUCUUAAAAAUGUUAAAUUUAACACUGGAUCAUGAAAGUGUUGUAGUUAAAAUGGAGUGUUGAAAAUGUUUAAAUCUUGUUAGUGUCACAAUAAAGACAUUCAACACUUCCACACUCCAUUUAACACCUAACAGUGUUCACGUGCCCACGGACAUUUCAUUUAGACUCCACCCCUCACUUCACGUUGCUGAUGGAAGAAGUUGACAAUUAGGAAUCAUUUUGCAUCAGUAGGUAAGUAAACGUUUAAAUACUGUAGAUGAACUAUGAAUGAAUUGUGUUGUACCUUGUUUACACAUAAAAAACGUUAGUUUUUGGUGUGAUAUUUAAGACUAAUAAACUGAGGCAGCUGUUUCCACCCAAAGCCUUUGCUAAUGUUAGCUCGUGUUUUUGCUAAGUUAUAUUUUCUAUUAAGUGUUGCUGUGAGCUGAAUCGGCACUGCCUGGGCAACAUUUGUCAAAGUAAGUGAACGCUACGUUAUAUCUUCAUUUUUAAUGAGCUAAUGGCUAACUAGCUAAUUGGCACGAGGAGCCCCCACACGUAGGCCUGCUGGCCCCCAGCAAAGGACUUGAUAUGCUGUACAAGAUACAAGAUAUCAAGGUUGGCAACUCUAAUUGUUACUUUAACUUAAAAAUAAUUGUCAGGCGUGUGUUGGAAGUGAACUACACAAAUUUUUUUUUAGAAUGAUGCAUCUUUAUUUUUCUUCUUGAUUCACAGCAAACCUUUCCUUGAGACUUACGUGAAUGUGAGGUGGAUGGAGAUGUGUAGACUCCACUAUCCCUUCACCCCAGUUAUCGCCAGUUGGUGGCGAGUCUCCACUCUUGCCGACUACAUCCCAUUCAUCAGGUUCGACAAUUUAUCCUUCAGCCCACAAGAGGAACCCAACAGAACCAAUGGAUCAGGAUGAAGCAUGACGGAAAGUCGGUGGUGUUUUGAGGGCCAAUCCGAAAGGUGAGGAAAUCUUCAAGGAGUGCAACAAGACUGAAACACUAACCGAUGCAAGGUGUAAACAGAUGGUGAACAUCCUGGCUGCAGAUAUGAUGGAGCUGCAUGGGAGGGUUCCGCCAUCAUGUGUGAUGAGAAAUUACGCCCUGAGAAUUGUGACUUGUUUUCCAUACCUAAAAGAUCCAUUCUCCAAACCUGGAUAUGAUGCUUAGCUUAGCGGCAGUGGCUCAAGAGGUAGAGCAGGUCGUCCAGAAAUCGUAAGGUUGGUUGAUCUUGCUCCCUCCACCCAGUCACUGUUGUGUCCUACACUUCUCCUGGCUCUCAAAGCCGUUCCAAGACUGUUUCUUCAUGAUGGUCCAAAAACCAGAGGAGAAUAUCUGUUAACUGGUCAACAGCUGUUUGGUGAGGAGUGCAGGGAGGGGCUAUCUACAAUAAGACAUUCAACUGAUGAAUCCGUGGUCAAAGAAGAUGAGAGCAACUUUCCAGUAUCGACAGAAUAUGAUCCAAGCACAAGAUGUAUCAUCGUCUGUUCUCAAUGUGUUCCCUCGCUUCCUUGAUGUUCCUGGAUUGAUUGACCAGGAUUUCUCAAUGAUGUUUGGUGAUGAAGUAUCUCAGAGGUUCCUGGCUAAGUGGUCAACUGUCUUCAAAGCAAAAGUCAUUGCAGACUUCAAGACUCUCCCGCAAAAGCAGAACAUUGAUGAGUUGCUGUCAGGAACUGAACCUCAACCUGAUGACAGCUGUGGGUGAGAAGUUACGGUAUAGAUUACCAUGUUGGUGUGUUCAAAUGUACUGGAUGUAGCUUUGAUCUACCUGUGUUCAAGAAGAUCUGUGAUAUAAUAAAACACAAAGAAUGUGCUUUCAUAAUAGCCUGUAAUGUAGAAACGAUGUACUAUGAGGACCUGUUUAACGCGUACUGCAUAGAAGACCAAAUGCUUGAGUUUUCUGUCAUGUGUUUAAAUGAACUGACUCAUUUCAGACCAUUUGACAAGCAGUGCUCUAAUGACAGUUGUCAAAGAGCAAACAUACUGUAGUGCCCUGCUGUUAUUUAAGCUACUGUCUGUUGGAAAUGAAAUGUUUUUGAAUAAAAUGUAUGAAGCAGUCAACUAGUCAUUUUUAAAAAAUGUUUAAAUUUUAUUUUGAAGUAGUAUAUUAACACUUUUAUAGUGUUAAUGUUGCAACUCCUUUUGAGAGUAAAAUGACACUAUAAGAGUCAAUAAAUGACUCUUAAGAGAAUUAAUUUGUGACACCUCACACUAGUGUUAAAAAAAUGCAACACCGGUUGGUGUCGAGGAGUGUUAAAUUUUAACUAUAUAAAUAGUUAAUAUUGACUCUACAAUGGUGUAAAAAUGGCUACACUUUCAAAAGUGUUAAAAUAACACUUUGUAGAGUGGACCCCAUGGGACACUUUGAAAGUGUUGAGAUUAACUCCUACAGUGUCAAUUUAGGCUUACUGAAUUUGCUGUGCACUACACAUCUUAAAGUCUUAAAUGUCCAACUAUCCGCCAGUCAACUACAGACUUCGCAGGUUUGAUCUUUUUUUUGUUCUUCAGCGACUGGGCUAACCUAGCAUGAUGUUGCUGUUAAAAUGUAAUGUUAGCACUGUAGCUCACAUAGCUAUGCUAGUGUUGCUAACGCUUGUGUCCUCCUGUCCCACUCCUUAAUGUUACGUUGUUGUAUCUGAUAUACUGUAUUGAAUCUAUUACGUUGGACAAGUGCGGAGUUACUUUGUAUGUAUAAAAAGUGGAUAGAGUGGCAAUAAUUCUGUUGAAGACAUGUUGAAGACACAGCUUAUUAGCAUUAAAGCUACAGGUACACAAAAUGGCAUGCUACUAAAAGCACUGUCAGUAUGAACACUACCAAUACACUAUAGCGGAACCUCUGAGGCUUAUUUAAAAUGGUUGAAGAAUUGUGUAAUAUGGGACCUUUAACACUUUCCAAUGAUUGAAUGUGGCAUUUAGGGGAAUCGGUUCAAAAGCUGUUGUCACUUUUCCCAUCUUAACGAAGGGUCGUCUUUCUUCCCAACUUCUUGCACCAAGCAAAAACUGUGUAAUUUUUUGAAAAACUAAUUUUGUUAAUUAUGAUGUACAGAUGUUGAAAACGGUUUUGUCUUGUUUUCCAAUAAAAAAAUCGUAAAAAUAAGGCUGUAUUUUUCCAUAGCAGUGUUUCUGAUGUCGCUCAAUGAAGUUGUCACUCUAAACUUAGAACAAAAAUACAUAAAUAUCUAUAUUUAUAAAUUACGAGGAUAUUUCAGACACAUUUUU